AUGAACACUCUAACAAGAUUCUUGAUUGCCCUUGCCAUUUUCAUGACCUUAGCCGCAACACUUUCUUCCACACCAACCGAAGAAAAAUGGUUCGAUAUCAAUGACAGUGAAGCAGAUAGUUUGGUAUCGAGUACACCAUUAGGGGUUGGUGGGGUCCUUGAUGACACUAGGGGAUUAAAAUGCAACAAGAACCCUAGGCUUUGUCUUGCAAAGGGAAGCCCAGGACCAGAUUGUUGCAACAAGAAAUGUGUUGAUGUGUUUACCGAUAAACAAAAUUGUGGGUUUUGUGGGAGGAAAUGCAAAUAUAUGGAGAUUUGUUGCAAGGGAUCGUGUGUGAAUCCGAUGGUGGACAAGCAUCAUUGUGGGGGUUGCAACAAAGUAUGCAAAAGAGGGGAUGAUUGUGUACAUGGGAUGUGUAACUAUGCAUAA